AUGGCGCGCUAUGCAGUCGACGUGACGUUUCAACAGACGAACGCCCCUGCCGUCAGCUUUGGCGAGAAGAAAGUCUUCUUCAGCAAGAAGCAUGGACAGUAUGGCGUGAAGCAGUACCUGGAAGUGUGUCCGACAUUACCAUCUGUGAUUUCAACUCCGACUUCCACCUGGAGCACCUGCAGAAGGCGGGAAAUGAUGGCGAAGCGGUUUAUGCCGGACCAUUGA